UCCUCAGAAAGCAGCCCUGUCCCAGGGCUCAGGUUCCAUAAAACCGAGGGACUCAAUGGAGAGCUCAUCCCCUAAAUGGAGACUGAGGAGGCACUAGCCACCCCUAUGAAGGAGGAACCUGAGGAUGGGAAGGUGGACUAUCUGGAGGGGCUGACAACGGAAAUGUUUGGGGACGACAAGGAGUUUGAGCUCUGUUGGUCAGAUCCAGACCCAGCCUUUAUGAAUCACCAUGAGGAGGUGGCGGCCCUGCCUGAUGCCCUCUACGGCCUCUUGAGAAGCAGCAGGGGCCUGGCCCAUCCCCAGGGUUACGUGGAAGUCCUCCCAGAGGAGGUGCUGAUGCUGGUUUUGAGCCUCCUGCCUGCUGAGGACCUCUACUGUAAUGUCAGCCUGGUCUGCCAACGCUGGAGGAACAUUAUCACCCAGUCACUGUUUGUGCCCUGGAAGAAGCUGCAUUACCGCUACACGAAGAAGGAGACUGAUGCCGUGAAGGAGAUCAACGCCAUCCUGGAAACCCAUAGAAUCAUAAAGAAUGACCAGGAGAGCUUCCUCCAUAUAGUUGAGUUCAUGGCCCAGUAUAAGUCCAGUCAGAGGGUGAAGCCUGGGGCAGUGUUAGAGUCCAGCGCCAUCACAGAGUACCUCAGUGCCAUGGCAACCAUGCUGCUCGCCAUGAGGAGGAACGACAUCAACAUCAGCAACAGGUGGCACUACAUCUUCUAUGUCCUUCACCUGAUGGAGAACGCCCUGCCCACAGCAAUAACCAAUCAGAGUGGGAGAGUCCAGGUUCAGGUGACCCACGAACAGCAGCAGAUCCUCAACCACGACAUCCAUAGAGACCACGUGGUCAAGAUCAUGGCCUUCGCCGUCACAGGGAAGACCACCACCCUAAUUUGGUACGCUCAGCAGAGGCCACACCUCCACAUGGCCUUCAACAAGUCUGUGGCCACCCAGGCCCAGCGCUGUUUCCCCAGCAACGUGGACUGCAGGACGGUCCACUCCAUGGCUUUCGGGGCCGUCUGCUUUUACCAGGAGUUGAAGAAGUUGUCUAGMAACGUGAAGCCCUUCUCUGUGGCCUGGGUGCUGCCUAAGGGCAGCGGGGGCUUCGUCAAGGUGGUCACCCUGACCCUCAAUGCCUACAUGGCCUUGGCCGACACACACAUCACCCGCAACCACGUACAGAAACACACAUGGCACAUCAUCAAGGACAGCUUCAUCCAUAGGUUCACCCAGCAGAGUCUGGGGGGCUACUUUGGGCUGAAGAGUUAUGCUAAAAACACAGAAGACCAUGAGUUGGAGGGCAAACUCUCCAUGGUGGAGAAAUACAACAACCCUGAGCUGGUGGAACGCCUCUACGGCUGCACAGAGAGAGAGGCCCAACACGCAGAUUUUAUCCUGGGGACAGUCCAUAAGUCAAAGGGUCUGGAGUUUGACACGGUGGUGAUCACUGAUGAUUUUGCUAAGGUACCCUGUGCCGCCCACAACUUACCCAGACUUUCCAGCUGCUCAGGAGGUGACAUCCCAGACGAUGAGUGGAACCUGCUGUAUGUGGCGGUGACACGGGCCAAGAGCUCUCUGGUCAUCACCAAGAACAUCACCAACAUCCUCACACUGGCUGGGAUGGAUAGUGCAGACGAUGGAGGUCCUAUGUGUGGGGCGUGUGUGUUGCAGCGUAUCGGCCCCACGGCCAGUCUCCUAGCCUCCCCGGAACUGCUCAAGGUCCUGCCAGUGACGGAGGAGCACCUGAACCUGCCCAUCAACUACGCUUUGCUGAUGGCACUCUUCUGGGAGACUCGCACACACACAAACUCAACAUGCUGCUUGAACUGUUCUGAGAACACACACACUCAACAUGAACCUCUCCACUGAUGUUGUCAUGGAAAAAAUACCUCUGUGUAAUAGGCAUUUGAACUAGCCAAUUAUGGACCAGAGGGUAACAGUGUGGAACAGAGUUACUCAGCCAAUCUCCUAGAACCUAGAGACACUGACAACGUGGUACCCUUGAUGACGAUUGGCCUAGACCUGCCCCCCAUGAUCUCUGUUAGUCAAAAGUUGUGUUCCUUGCUGAUUGGGUAAAAAAUAAACAGAUUCAGUGUCUUUA